AUGUGCUUGGGUAGCGUCAACGUUAUUCUCACGCCGGAAGAAGUCCUCUUCAGGGGGCUUGUGUUGGUUGGCUUCGAACCGAAACGGCAGAAGUCUGUUCAGCAUAAGAAGAACUUGUCAAGGUUUCGGAUGCACUUUUCGAGCGACCCGUCCGUCUAUUCCGUCCUUCUCAUCAAGCUGCAGGAGACCAAGAACGAGAAGGCCAAUCUCAGCUUCGACAGUGAAGUUGACCCCAGAAUCCACAAGAUCGGUGUUGAUGGCAUGCUGAAAUACUUCUUUAUGUCAAUCUACUUCCUCGCGUGCUACCCAACCGAAGAGCAAGCUGAAGGGCUAUUUGGCUGUAGCGAUCGAACGUGGCGAAACUGGGUCUGGGAGAUUGUCGAGAAGAUUGCGUUGCUGAAGCCUGAAAUCAUUGUCUGGCCGAAGAAAUGGAACAACCCAGACAACCCAGAAGACCCUGAAUCUGCGACAAUUUUCAUUAUCACCGUUGAUGGCACCCACUGCCGCAUUGAGGAGCCAACCCAUGAAGCAUUCUCUGAAAACACCAAGUACUACUCUCACAAGUUCAAGUCUGCAGCUUACGAUUAUGAAGUUGCCUUGUCCAUCUUUGAAGACAGGUGCGUUUGGGUGGCAGGCCCUUACCCUGCUGGGACGCCUGAUAUCACAAUCUUCCGCCACAAGCUGAAGGCUAAGAUUCUUGAGUCUCGAGAGGCAAGUGGCGUCAUGCAUCGGGCCAUUGGUGACAAAGGAUACCGGGGAGAGAGGGGGGUGCUUUCUAUUGUUAGCUCCGCGGAUACGGAUGCAGUGAGAAAGUUUAAAGCUCGUGUUUUGUCCCGGCAGGAAGUCUUCAACAGCCGAUUGAAGUGCUUUGAUGUCUUGGAGGACUGUUUCCGGCACACGGGGCUCCCUGGUCACAAGGGGCCGGCUCGUAACCGUGAGGUCACCGGGUCGGAGGUGAAGCACCAGUUUUGCUUUGACUCCUGCGCCGUCAUUUGCCAAGUAAGUCAAAGCAUUGUUCGUCUCUUCUAUCCUCCGACAUAG